AUGCGAAGGGAUUUAAUGGGCCCAGUCAACGUUGAUGGGUCUCAUCAAAGCGGGUUUGAAGUGGCCCGUUUAAUAGUCAAUCCUACCCAGAAUGGGCUUAUACGGGCCCAAAAUAGGGAAUCGAUAUUGGGCAGGGUUGGCACCGCGGGGGAGUCGCAUCGAAGGGUUUUUUCUCUCUCUCGCAGCCCCGCAUCUCCCUCUGUCUUCCUCGCAGGGGGGGCGGCUCCUCUCUUCCCAGGAUUCGCCAUGGCGGAGCAGGUAGGGGGACUUUUAUGGCUUCUGUUCAUUUCAUACCUUCAUGCUGUGGUACUUUACCGAGUUUCUUCGUUAUCUUGUUCGCUCUUCAAGACAACUUUUCUUUUGAAUUCGGAGAGUACUCUAUUGGCCGAAUUUUCCGAAGACUACUUUACAAAAUCUCCUUUUCUUCUAGCUACUGUCCGAUCGCAAUAUGGGUUUCGUCUAUGCGUGCUCGUAGUGUCUAGUGGAGUGAGAUGAAUUCCUCGCCAUGUAUGAUGCCCAAAUCUCUAGCAAAAGGAUUUUUUUAAUUUUUAUUUUUAAUGAGGGUUAGAGUUGGCUAAGAAGAGAUCAGAAGUGGCCAUCCUCAACAUGGGCGCUGAACUGGCAGAGUCUUCCGCUCUUGGCCUCUGCAGGACCCGGCGGACAUGGAAGCCAAACGUGCAGGAGAAGCGGCUCUUCAGCUACGCCCUCGACCGGCACAUCCGGGUGAAGGUGACGACGCACGCCCUGCGGUGCAUCGACAAGGCGGGCGGCAUCGACGAGUACCUGCUGAAGACUCCCUACCAGCGGAUGGACACGGAGAUGGGUCUGCUGUGGAAGGCCAAGAUCGAGAAGCUGUACCAGGAACUCGGGCAGGCGGAGGCCUUCUUCUUCUCCCCCGAAGAGGAGGCGAGGAUCGAGGCCGGGUUCGAGGAGUACCGAGCCGCCAGGAGGGCUGCCAAGAAGAGCUCAAGCCAAGACCCGGCGGCGGAGGGAGGAGCUUCGUGA